AUGCUCUUAACUGCUCGCGUAUUCUCUUCCAUAUUCACCUAUAAAAUCCCCGUUUCUGGAGCUGGUCAGAAAUUUCUACGCCUCUACUUUUAUCCAACAAAUUAUGCAGAUGGUUUUGACAUGACCAAAUCAUUCUUCUCCGUCCAUGCAGCGGACCAGAUUCUUGUAUCUAACUUCAGUGCCUUUCUCAACCUCCAGAGCCCAUCAUUAACUCUCGUCAAAGAAUAUAUCAUCACUGUCAAUCAGAGUCGUUUACUAGACUUGACGUUUAUUCCGUCUCCAAACUCCUCUGCGUUUGUCAAUGGCAUUGAGGUUGUUUCCAUUCCCGACAAGCUCUAUGUCAAAGGAAAUGAUGAUAGCAAUGGAAUUAAACUAGUCGGCCUACAUUCUCAGAGCACCACUUUCGUCACUAUUGACGGUUCCAAGGCACUUGAAAAAUUUUACCGCUUAAAUGUAGGCGGCCAGAACGUAUCUUCGACCGAUGACAGUGGAAUGUUCCGCUCAUGGGAUGGAGACGAACCCUAUUUGAUUGGGUCUUAUGGAACUACAAGACUGUCCAAAAUUGAAAUCAAUUACUCGGAGACGACUCCACCCUACACGGCCCCUGAAAUUGUCUACUCCACUGAGCGAUUUAAGGAUGAUAAUAAUUACACCCCCAACAUCACUUGGAUCUUUCCAGUUGAUUAUGGGUUUUAUUAUCUACUUAGACUUUAUUUUUGUGAGUCCAGGCUCGAAGUAACUCAGGAAGGUCAGCUGGUAUUUGAUAUACUCGUCAACAAUCAGACAGCUGAAAAAGCAGUAGAUAUUAUAUAUUGGACUGGGGGAAGAGGAAUUCCAAUCUAUAAAGACUACGUUGUUUCUUUCGGUGCCAACCCAGAUGGCAACAAGUCUAAGACAGAUUUGUGGCUCACCAUGCAACCUAACAAGGGCUAUCAAUAUGAAAAUACAAUUUUGAAUGGCUUGGAGAUUUAUAAGCUGAGUAACGACAAUCAUAGCCUUGCUGCACCCAAUCCAUUGCCUCCAUCAGAAACAAAAAACUCUGGAGGCAUCCAGAACAGUGGCACCUCGGGGGCUUCUAUUGGAGGUUCCUUCGGGGUGAUCAUCGUGUUCUUGUUCAUUCUUGCUCUGCUUUUAUGA